AUGCUUAACUCAAGCUUUUCACACCGUAAAGCUCUAAUCGAGGACGACCCAAAGCCCAAAGAUGUCCGAACUGUCACGCCGCUCAAAUCUCAACAUGGGGCCCUGGCUAGGAAGGCUGCGGGAACUACUCAACAGUCACGCUCGAGCUGGCCGAGUUUUCAAUGGUGGCUCAUGGCUAUUCCGUCAUUCAUUAUUUCAGCUUACGGCGCUGUAUUCUUCACCGGAAAUACCCCAGGCGAUCCACAAAUCAAGGCGAGGAUCAUAGGUUCACUCGGGGGCGUAAUUCACAUUGGGGGUUCUCUCAUGGCCAUGGGACUCGGCCCUUUUCAGUUCCUGCCGCAGCUACGACAGAGAUACCUUCAGAUUCAUCGCUGGUUGGGAUGGGUCUAUGUCCUUGCCGUGACGACUGGUGGCAUUGCUGCGUUCUACGUCACAUUCAACAGCGAGGCGUUGACAUGGGGCAAGGUUGGCUUUGGCCUUCUCGCCUUGGGAUGGCUCGAGAGCGCUAGGCGUAGCAUUGUUGCCGUCCGGUCGAAUGGGGAUAUCAAGAGCCAUCAAGCUUGGAUGACGAGAAACUUUGCUCUGACCUAUGCCGCGGUGAUGCUGCGGUGGCAGUUGCCUCUGAUGAUCGCCGCCGGUAUGGAAGUCAAGUUUGCGCUGUCCAUCACUGGAUACAUUUCUUGGAUACCGAAUCUUUGGUUUGUCGAACGCUUUGUGUUAAACCAGAGCUGA